AUGAAGCGAAGCCUCCUUUUAGCCUCAAGCUCUUCCGGUUCUUCUUCAGAUCUUCACUCAAGCCUAGUCCCUUCCAGCCCUUCCUCCUUUUUCGGGCUGCUUUCAUACCGCGCCUUUAAUCAGACCUCAACACAAUUCCAUUACGCUUUUCUUGGGCCUCUUAUGUCCCAAAGCACCUUGAUUGUCCAAUCCUCUGAAUCCGUACUCUCCUAUCCAUUUCAGCUCUUCCAAGCUGCGUCGGGCAUCGUCGUCGUUGUCGCUUGGCUCUUUUCUUCUUACCCAUCUCCCAUCCAAGUAAUAUCACUUUUGUGCCGCUUUGCCUCGGCUACCUCUUGGCCAUGGCAGCAAACUUUAUUGGCCGUAUUGAAGAAAAAUACUUGGCGCCACAUCUACCUCUUCUGA